GCUCCACAAAUCGAUUUCUCGAGAAGAGACGGGCGAAUUCGGACGCAGAAAAAUCGGUCAUUGGAGGAAAAUGGCGAAGCCGUUGGGUCCUACCGGAGAGUUUUUCCGGCGAAGGGAUGAGUGGAGGAAGCAUCCGAUGCUCUCUAACCAGAUGAGGCAUGCCCUUCCCGGUCUCGGCCUCGGCGUCGCCGCCUUCUGCGUCUACCUCGUCGGCGAACAGAUCUACAGCAAGCUCUCGGCGCCUGCUCCGUCGUCUCACCAACACCAGAAACAGCACGCGUAGAGGAAGCCAUCUUCUUCGAUCAGAUGAAGGCGUUGGUGGCGGAAGACAGAGGGUGAGGGCUUCUCACUCAGUUCCCUCCCAACUUCUUGGAUCGUUUCAAUAAGUUGAACAAAACACAAGACUUUGGAUUUGAUGGUUUGACUGUUUUGAAAACUCGUGUCAGUUUUCUGGUGUCGUUGUUUGAUUUGCUUUCCUAAUAAGAUGAUUAUCACUCGAUGGUUUGUUCGAAAGCACUUCUUGCCUCCCAAAGUUUGUCUCUUUCCCAGUAAGAUCUCUUCUCUGGUGUUUUAAUUUUGUUUUUGGAGUGUGUUAAUGUUAUCCUUGUUGAUUAGUCA